UUAAAAAAAAAAACUCAACUCACUCACUUUCUCAAUGAGAGCCUGCACCUUUGUGAAUCCCCCCUCUCCUUUUCUCCCCACUCGCAAAAAUCAACGAUCUUCAUCCUCUCCUUCGUUAACCCUUUCAAAUUCUAGGGUUUCGUUAUCUCUAAUAUCACCAAACCGCAUCAAUCGCUGCUACAAACCGCAAGCAAAGAGCAGGCACGAGGAUGAAGACGAAGAGGGGGCGAGGCACGUGCAUUGCGAGGUCGACGUGGUCUCGUGGCGGGAACGGAGGAUUAGGGCUCGGAUCUUGGUGGAUGCGGAUGUUGACGAGGUGUGGAGAGUGCUCACUGAUUAUGAGAGGCUCGCUGAUUUCAUCCCUAAUCUCGUUUACAGCGGGAGAAUUCCUUGUCCUCAUCAAGGGAGGAUUUGGCUAGAGCAAAGAGGAUUGCAGCGGGCGUUGUAUUGGCAUAUUGAGGCUCGAGUUGUUUUGGAUCUCCAAGAGUUUCCGGAUUUAGCUGAUGGGCGCGAGCUUCAAUUUUCAAUGGUUGAUGGGGAUUUUAAGAAGUUUGAAGGGAGAUGGUCAGUCAAAGCUGGUCCAAGGUCUUCAACAUCAUAUUUGGCAUAUGAUGUCAGUGUGAUACCGAGAUUUAAUUUUCCAGCCAUUUUUAUUGAAAGAAUUAUCACCUCUGAUCUUCCUGUGAACUUGCGAGCCUUGGCUUGUAGAGCUGAAAGAAGCCUAAGAGAAAGUGAAAAGAUACCUGUGGCUGGUAAUGGUGCAGGAGCCAUCUUGUCCAAUGUCGCAUCUACAUCUGAUAUCCAAUCCUCCAAUAAUUCCAAUGAAAAGUUUGCGGGCCUUGGUGUUAGUACUGUUCCUGUCUCAUCUAAUAUUGAGUACAACAGCAAUUGGGGUGUAUUUGGAAAGGUCUGUAGCCUUGAUAGGCCAUGCAUGGUAGAUGAAGUUCAUCUUCGUAGAUUUGAUGGCCUAUUGGAAAAUGGAGGGACUCACCGAUGUGUAAUUGCUAGCAUCACUGUUAAAGCUCCUGUGCAGGCAGUGUGGAGCGUAUUGACUUCCUAUGAAGAAUUGCCAGAGAUUGUUCCAAAUCUAGCAAUCAGUAAGAUUCUAUUGCGGGAUAAUAACAAGGUUCGCAUUCUUCAGGAGGGUUGCAAAGGUCUACUGUAUAUGGUGCUUCAUGCUCGUGUUAUCUUGGAUUUGUAUGAAAAAUUUGAAGAGGAGAUUCGAUUUGAACAAGUUGAAGGAGACUUUGACUCUUUUCAAGGAAAAUGGCUUCUAGAACAACUUGGAAAUCACCACACGCUAUUGAAGUAUAUAGUGGAGACUAAAAUGCACAAAGAUACCUUCCUAUCAGAGGCUAUCGUUGAAGAGUUACCUAUAUUUCAGGUCAUCUACGAAGAUCUACCAUCAAACUUGUGUGCUAUACGCGAUUUUGUUGAAAAAAGAGAAGCUUCCAUGACAGAUUCAUUAAUUAUCCCAGACGAGCCAAUUCCUUUCACUGAUAACAAUGCUCACAUAUCAGUUAUCAGGCCAGUGGAAGAGGUUUCCAGUUCUCCGCCUUCAACUACAUCAAAGCACAGACCAAAAGUUCCCGGCUUGCAAAGAGAUUUUGAGGUUCUGAAAGCUGAACUCCAAGCAUAUAUCUCAGAGUAUGGUCAAGAAGGGUUUAUGCCCAUGAGAAAGCAACUUCGCUUGCAUGGUAGAGUGGAUAUCGAAAAGGCAAUUACUCGCAUGGGUGGAUUUAGAAAGGUAGCCAACUCAAUGAAUCUAUCACUUGCUUACAAACAUCGAAAGCCAAGGGGAUACUGGGAUAAUCUUGAGAACUUGCAAGAAGAGAUAAGUAGGUUCCAGAGAAGCUGGGGAAUGGAUCCUGCGUACAUGCCCAGUAGAAAAUCUUUCGAGCGUGCAGGGAGGUAUGAUAUUGCCAGAGCACUAGAAAAAUGGGGUGGUCUACAAGAAGUUUCUCGUCUUCUGUCCCUAGAGCUAAGACAUCCCAGAAGAAAGUCUGCCCCAGAGAGAGAGAAACAACGCGAUGUGCAGGUUUCUGAUGAGCAUAAUUCUCAGGAAAAGAUGUCGAAUAAGCCUUAUGUUUCUCAGGAUACACAGAAAUGGCUCAUGAAACUGAAGGAUUUGGAUAUUAAUUGGGUUGAAUAGGUUUAUGAGUGUGUUUAUUAUCAGUAUCUCCUUCUUGUAUAUAAUCCAUAGCCCUAUUUAACGGCGAGUUAUCUGGUCUGAAGGAGGUUUUCAAGGGAACUCUUGAGCGUUGACUCAUGUUAUGUUUUGACGAGUAACAGGCUGAUGUUACCUGCUAAGAAUUCUAUAUUUCUGAUUUUUUAAAUUACAGGAGGAGUUUACAAUUUUCAUUUCA